UCAGAACAGAUGGUUUGAUUCUCAGAUAAACACUACGAACUUUCACACAUUCAACGAAACGUUCACUUACGUAGGAUCAUUACGGAGACAAGAUAACUGACAAGAGUAGUAUUCUGCAGACAGCAGAGAAAAACUGAAAAAUGGGACAGACUUUCAAGGUGAUAUUUUCCACGCUUGCGAUCCUUUCUCUGUCUUAUGUUUCUAAAUGCCAGAAACCCAGUGAACGGCAUAGUGGUCAUAGCCAUCAUUUGCCCAAAAAGGAUGGUUCAAAAAAUGUUCUCAAAGAUAGAGAAUUUGUUCGUGAUUACGAACAUAUUAAAGAGGAUGUUCAGGAGCUAUACAACAAGGAUUUUGCAGAUAAACUGCAAGAUAUAGAAAUGGAAAUAUUUUAUUUUCAAUUACAUGACAUGAACGAUGAUAAACGCCUGGAUGGUCUGGAGCUACUUGCUGCCAUGAAUCAUGUCAGAGAAAGAGAGAAUGAAAUUACUCAUAGGGAUCUCCAAGAUUCGCCUGAAGCUCGUAUCGCCCUUCAGACAUGGUGGAAUGAAAAGUUCGAAGAAGAUGCAGAGUUUAUCGACGAAAUUUUACGAGAGGAAGACCUGGAUCAAGAUGGAUAUCUCAAUUACUUUGAAUACGUUCUUGGAAGAGAACGAGAUAGAGGCAUUGUAUAAAAAGAAUAAUAUAUUUAUUUAUAUAAUUAUUUUAUUUUCUAUAGUUUAUCAGAUAAAUAUUUCUUAAGAAUCAAA